AUGGCGGCGGCGGCGCGCGGCGCGCGCGCGCCCUUCGCCGUCCCGUCGCACCGCGCGCGUCGCCCCGCCGCGCGUCGCCCUGCCGCGCGCGCGUCCGCGUCGUCGUCGUCGUCGUCGUCGUCGUCGUCGUCGUCGUCGUCGACGACGACGGACGACGCCGAUCUCGUCGUCCUCCUCGCGCGACGCUUCGAGGACGCCGCCGCCGCGUGCUUCGCGGAGCCGUUCAACGCGGAGAGCGACGUCCGCGUCCGCGGCUGGUGCGACCUCGCGAGCGCGAAUUCGCGCCUGCUCGACGGGUACGACACGAGCGGCGUCGGCGCGGAGCGGAAGUCGCCGGUCGGCGGGGCGGGAUUGAAGCGCGCGGUGUCCGAGCUCCUCAUCGAAGGCGGCUUCGGGUCGCCGCUGCGACGCGACGCCGGCGGUUCUUGGCUGGCCCCGGACGACGUCUCGUUCCUGAGGCAGCGUGGACGGGGGGAGGCGGACGCGGUGGAGACCGUCGUCGCCGCCGCGCUCGCGGUCGUCCGCGACGACGACGACGGCGACGACGCCCGCGACGACGACGACGACGCCCGCGACGACGACGACGACGGCGACAACGACGACGACGACGACGACGCGUCCGAAACCGCGUCCGAGACUGCGCGCGUCGGCGUCGUCGUCUUGGGACCGUACCGACCGCUGUGGCCGUCCGCCGACGGCCCUCUGUCGCGUCCGUCCGUCGAUGUCGUCCGCGUGGACGUCACGGGCGACGGCGUCGACGUCGCGGACGCGCUGGACGCGGCGCGCGAGCGGUUCGUCCGAGAGGGAACGACGACGCGCGUCGGCGCCGUGGUUUUGUCCAAUCCGUCGCCCGUCACUGGCGCGCUCGCGCGCGUCUCGAGCGUCGUGAAGGCGAGCGCGUGGUGCGCGCGGAGAGGCGCGCAUCUCGUCGUGGACGAGACGAACUUCGCGGCGGCGUCGACCGACGCGGCGAUGAAAUUUCGCGCGAGAGGAGAGGAGGAGGAGACGCGCGCCGCCGCCGCCGCCGCCGCCAAAAGACCAAACGCCGAAACCAGAAAUCCCAAGCCGUGGGGUCGAGCCGCCGGGUUCGUCAGCGCGAGCUCGCUGUGGCGCGACGACGACGACCCGCGCGUGCACGUCGUCGCCGCGUUCGGCGCCGCGUGCGGUCUCGCUCGCGGCCGCACGUCGUGCGUCUUGGUGACUCGCGACGAGGCGACGCGUCGACGCGCCGGGAGCGACCCUUUCGCGCAGUCGCUGACGAUGCUGUUCGGCGACGGUGGCACCGCGGCGCGCGAGGCGUUCGGGCAUCACGUCGACGUCGUCCGCGCGCGACGCGGGGAGGUAUUGGAGCUGUUGAAGCCGCUGCUCGCGUCCGGGAAGAUUUCCGUGGACGACGGCGAUGUUAUGAUCGGCGGGGGGUUGGCGCUGUGGGUGGACUGCGGCGGCGGAUACGGCGGCGACGGGCGGCGGGGGACACUGGAACACGAGGCGGAGCUCUUCGACGCGUUCGCCGCCGCGCGCGUUCUCGUCGUCCCCGGGACGCUGUGCGGGUGCGCGCGACCGGGGAUGUUUCGCGUCACGGUCGCGGGGGACGAGGCCACGGUCGUGGAGGGCGUGAAGCGGUUCGCGAACGUCGUGAACGUCGCGUCGACCCCGGUGGGAGGCUUCGUGAGGUUGUGUUGA